AUGUCCUUUCUCUAUUUGGACUGUGCGUAUAAUAAAGACUCGAAAUGGCAAAAAGCCCAAUGCACCGUCAGGCAAGAUGUGCAUACUUAUUGUCAAGAACGAAAUUGGAAACCGUCAUCUUUCUUCCAAACAGUCUGGGCAAUUGUCCUCAAUAAAUACACUGCAUCUCACGAUGUGACGUUUGCCAUCCAAAGUAACGGAAUUCACGGCGGUGCUCCAACAAUAUGCGACGUCUCAAUUGAGCCCGAGACGUCCAUCUUCGACCUACUGGCAGAUCAUUCCACUUUCACUACUUUCACUACCGCCCUGCCAAGCCAGCUCACCUGUAAUACUGGCGUUGCCAUCGACAUGCAAGAUGGCGAAAGCGUUCAACCCCUUCCUCCGCUGCAGGUCCUUCUUCUUGCCAGCACGACUUCUUCUCAAGUGUGCUUGUCAUAUUCGUCGGAUGUUCCCUCCUCACAUACCGACAACCUGAUCUCAACUGUAGAACAGGUAAUUGAGGAGAUUUUAAAACACUCAGACCAGACAGUCAAACAUCUCAAUCUGUUCAGCGACCGCAACAGUCGCCAAGUUCUUGAAUGGAAUCGUCGCUCCAUGCCUAGUGAUAUGGCCCUAAUGGUUGACGUGAUCCGACAACAUGCAUUACAAAGAUCAACCCACGAAGCCAUCUGUGCUUGGGAUGGGUCACUGACGUAUGUGGAGCUUGAUGAAAUGACAACUCGGUUGGCAUAUCACUUACGGACCAUGGGAAUCGAAGAGAACGAUAAAGUCUUGCUGGGCUUUGAGAAGUCGAUGUAUGCAAUUGUGGCUUUUCUAUCCAUCCUCAAAGCAGGCGCCACAUUUGUUCCUGUCAGUCCCGCUUAUCCUAUUGAGCGUAUGCAAGCAAUCAUUGAUGCAACCAAACCUCGGCUUACUCUCACCUCACCCGAAUCCACAUCUGUCUUCGAGCAUCUCCAUGUGCCAGCCCUAGGCCUGGAUUACUCCUUUAUCGCCAACCUAUCAAUCAAUGAAAGCCAGGACCCUCUCCCCUUAGCUAAUCCACAACGCGUGGCAUACAUUCUUUUUACCUCUGGUAGCACUGGUCGUCCUAAAGGUUGUGUCCUUCAACACCAAGCACUGGCAACUAUGAUCACCCAGGGACCUUCGUUCCGCAUCUACCCGUCUAGUCGUGUACUCCAAGUUGCCCCGAUCAUCUUUGCCGCAUCCUCCGUCGACAUGUUUCUGCCCCUGCUUACUGGAGGGACAGUUUGCAUCGCCUCAAAAUAUGAUUUGAUGAACAACCUAGCAGCUACAAUGAGAAAGUUUCAGGUGACUUGGGCAUGCAUGACCCCGUCUGCGAUUGCCUCCGUUGAUCCAUCGGAGAUAUCAGGUCUGAAAACUCUUGGCUUGGUCGGCGAGCCCGUGAGUGAUAAUUUACUCAAUAAGUGGGCCUCUUCUGUGGAUCUUCUGUCAGGCUACGGUCUAUCGGAAAUUGUGGGAGCUGGGUGCAUCUCCUCUCUCAAGGUAGGGAUGCACUCUCGAAAUAUCGGCUACUCUCCUACAGCACAUAUUUGGCUAGCGGAUCCGGCAAACAUCGACAAGCUUGCCCCGGUAGGCGCGAUUGGUGAACUCUUGAUCGAGGGGCCAAAUCUCGCCUGCGGGUAUCUUGAUAGUCCUCAGAAGACGCUCGAUACAUUUAUUGAGGCACCCGAAUGGAUUCAAGAUUUUUACCCUGGGCACGGUCGACGCGUCCUAAGGACGGGUGAUCUGGCUCGAUACCAUUCCGAUGGCUCUAUCAUAUAUUUCGGCCGCAAAGAUACGCAGGUUAAGAUUCGGGGGAAGCGAGUCGAGCUAGGAGAGGUUGAAAGCGUGAUUCGCCUUCAUCAAAAACCCGGCGAUGCUGUGAUUAUAGAAGCGGCAGCCCCGCUGGAUGGGGACGGCACUCCAAUGUUGAUUGGGUUUAUCCACACAUCGAAAGGAGCAUCAGAGGAUUCCUCCUCGCUUCUAGGACGCCCUAGCCAAUGUUUCCACGAGGAGACAUCGCAUCUCGAUCUCCUGGUUCGCGCAGUAUUGCCAGAGUACAUGAUACCGAGCAUAUACAUGCCACUCAAUCGUAUCCCCAAGACUCCCUCAGGAAAAACAGACCGCCUCGCGUUGCGGCUUGAGAUUUCUGCCCUGACUAGACAGCAGCUUGAAGCCUAUCACAACGUCGGUGGUAAACCGCAGGCUCGACCUCGAACAGAUACAGAGAAGCUUGUACACGAGCUGAUUUCUCAAAUCUUGAGUCGUAAUCAGGACUCAUUUGGAAUUGACGAUCAAUUCCUACGAUUAGGAGGAGAUUCCAUCAAAGCCAUUCGUCUUGUUCAGUUAUGCCGAAAGUCUGGAUUAGCUGUUGAUGUUGCUGGAAUCAUGGAAUCUGGCACAGUCGCCCAGCUUGCCCAAAUGGCAAAUCCCUUGCCACAACCUAUUCUUGGAAAUGACAGAGGAAAAUUGGAAGUCCCUACCGCUGCAGUAACAGAGCAAUUGAUCAAUCUUGGUGUUGUCCCUCAAGAAGUGGAAGCAAUGAAUCCGUGCUCCUCCAUGCAGGAUGGUAUCCUGAUGAGCCAACUGAAAAACCCUCAGCAAUAUGCACUGCGAGUCUUGUAUGAAGCCCAGCUCUCUACAAAAUCAUCAGUAUUGUCUUCGAAGAAGUCGUCGGAAUUAGACCUUGCUCGACUUCAAAAUGCAUGGCAAUUGCUCGUUCGACGUCAUCCCAUGCUGCGGACAAUAUUCGUGACUAAUGUGACACCCAGUGUAUUUGCAGUGCAAAUUCAGUUAAAGAAUGGUUCCGUGCCCCGUAUUCAUGAACUCAAGGAAGACUUAAAACCGAGCGAUAUUAUCGACCAGCGUCAGGAAUAUCAACCCCCAAGCACGCUGCCUCGAUUUGAUCUACACGUCGCUCCGUGUGGGCGGGUCAUCAUCGAGCUUGAACUGUCUCAUGCAGUUGUUGAUGGUAUGUCCAUGUCGAUCAUAGUUCGAGAUCUAUGCAGACUCUACGUUGAUACAGAUUCUUCUUCCUCUAUCUUCAACUUCACGGAUUACGUCGAAUACCAGCGACAUAUAACCACGGAUGAUUCUGUUUCUUAUUGGAAGCAAUACCUCGGUUGCAUGGACCCAAGCCGGUUUCCCACAGCCAGUGAAAGCACGCCACAUAUGUUGAGAGAGUCUAAUCAAGAUUCCAAGUUCAAGGCUGUGGCUGUGGACGUUGGUCCAGCUGCAGAAUACCGAAAGUUUGCCCAAAAAACCGGGACAACGGUGGCAAGCGUCGUCAAACUAGCAUGGUCUAUUGUUCUGCAUGUAAUGUGCCGUACAGACGACGUGUGCUUCGGCUAUCUUACCACAAGCCGUGACGCGCCUGUUGAAGGCGUACUAGAAGGUGUUGGGCCUUUGAUCAACUUGCUAGUGUUUCGGCAGCGCCUUGAUCUUGAAGCCAGUGUCGCACGAGUUUUGCAAUCGAUCCAAGCCGAUUUUAUCUCUAGCCUACCACAUAAAGAUGCGUCUUUGAGCGAUAUUCGCCGGGCUCUGGACUUUGCUAGUGACGAGGUCAUGUUCAACACCUGCAUCAGUCAUUUCCCAGCAACCACCCCAAAUGAAGCCGAUGACUUGCCGAUACUACUUCAUGAAGAGGCGCGGCAAGAUCCUACCGAGUUUGAUCUUUCCCUCGAGAUUAUGGAGUCGGAGGAUCAAAUUGAAUCAACCAUCAAGGCGUAUACAGGCGUUGUUCCAUUGGAGCACAUGGAGCGAGUGGCAGUGCUCUUCGCACACUUGAUGAAGACUAUACUCGGGAGCUCUGAUCGUACAAUAGGAGAGCUGGGGCUAGUCCCUGAGAAGGACCUUGCUAAAAUUGGACAUCUAAACAGAAGUAUCAGUCACCAGCCCGUUGAAAAAAGCGUCCAGGAUAUCAUUUUGCAGCAGUGUCACAAUCAGCCUACAGCACCGGCUGUUUGUGCCUGGGAUGGAGACUGGACUUACAGCGACUUGGAUCGCGUUUCCUCAUCUCUAGCACAACAGCUACAGUCCCAGGGUGUCAUUCCCGAAACAUUCGUGCCAGUCUUGAUGGACAAGAGCCGCUGGGUUCCAGUCGCUCUACUUGCGAUUCUCAAAGCCGGAGGUGCUUUUGUCCUUCUCGAUCCCACCCAACCAAUUCAGCGACUCCAGGAUAUUUGCAUUGAUCUGAAGCCCAACACCAUCCUGGUAUCACCAGAAUACCGCGCUACUGCUGCUCCUCUUGUCGGUAGCGUUGUGGUAGUUGGAAACGAGCACUCUCCGAUACUUGAGACUUCCGACCUCGAAAAGGUUCUCGAGGUAGUAGUUCACCCAAAAAAUGCGGCUUACGCUGUAUUUACCUCCGGUUCUACGGGAAAGCCAAAAGGAGUAUCAAUUGAACACCGUUCACUGUGUACUAGUGCAGCUGCGAUGAUGGAGCAUUUACCAUUGAACAGCAGCACGCGAAUGUUGCAGUACGCCUCACAUGCGUUUGAUGUGAGCGUUCUAGAUCUUACCGUAUGUCUUAUGGCUGGAGGCUGUCUAUGCAUUCCAUCAGCCGAGGACAGACAAAAUCGUCUAACGGAAAGCUUGAACGACUUUUCUGUGAACCUCGUCGCUCUCACUCCAACCGUUACUCGAACAAUACAGCCAGAGCGCUUAUCAUCACUGAAAACUUUGAAGGUUAGCGGAGAAGCACUCUCAUCCUUCGAUAUCCAACGGUGGAAGGGUGCAGCACCACACAUCGAGAUCGUGAACAUGUAUGGGCCCGCAGAAUGUACAAUCAACUCAACUGUUCAACCCGCUAUUGAUUUGACAUCGUAUGGUUCAAACAUUGGAUAUCCUUUGUCGAGUGCUACCACUUGGGUGGUUGACCCCAAGAACCAUCACAGACUGCUUCCCAUGGGAGCCGUUGGCGAACUAGUAAUUCAAGGACCUAUCGUCGGUCGUGGCUAUCUCAACCGCCCUGAACAGACAGCUGCAUCAUUUAUCUCGCCACCAAGCUGGUUGUCGCAAUUCAAACCGGUGGCUUCCGAUGGGGAGAAAUUAUACAAAACUGGAGAUCUGGUUCAAUACGCUGCAGAUGGCUCAAUGCAUUACAAGGGACGCAAAGAUUUCCAGGUCAAGCUUCGCGGUCAACGACUUGAGCUAGGGGAGGUUGAGGCGCAACUUCAUCUCGUGUUUCCCAAUGCUUCCGACGUUAUCGCCGAGGUAGCAUCUUUGAAUCAAGGCAAAACAUCAGCCCUGGUUGCCUUCAUCCAUCAGAAAUCCUGGGAUAGUGACUCGGACUCUAGUCAAGUUUUCAGAGCCGGGAUCAGCGACUCUAACCUUGAUUUACUGCAUGCUCCUUGUGGAGCCUUUGAUCAGGCAGUCGCGCAAGCGAGGGUAAUGCUGGCCACCGCUCUUCCAGGCUAUAUGCAGCCCAGCAUCUACUUGCCGCUCGUUCAGAUCCCCAAAUCUCGGAGCGGUAAGGCUGACCGCGUCCAGUUACGGCACAUAGUCAGCUCUGGCCUCCAUGAGCGCUGGACAGGUGACGCCAGCACAGAGACGAUCUCAAAGAGAAGACCAAAAACCGAGAUGGAACUCAUACUAUGCUCUGCUGUUGUCAGGGUUUUAGGUCUUUCGGAGACAGAUGUUAGUGCAGAGGACAGCUUCUUCCGCCGUGGAGGUGACUCAGUUGCAGCAAUGAUGUUGGUCGGAAAUUUGCGAGAGCAGGGUUGCCAUCUCACCGUCGCAGACAUCUUCGCGCACCCUCAGCUGGAUAUUCUCGCUACCAGAAUAAACCGCACACUUCCCUCGAGUGUUGCCAAGGUUCCUCCACCUUUCUCUCUCCUUGGGGAUGAUUCGGACUCCCAUAAAGAGUCCAUCGAACAAGUGAUGGAACAGUGUGCCGUGGCCCAUGAGGAAAUUGAGGAUAUUUACCCGUGCUCGCCACUCCAACAUGCCUUCUUUAUCUUCAGCAGUACCCGCGAGAAGGGUACCCUGAUUGCAAGGUUUGCGUACAACCUACGACCAGAGGCAGAUCUUGAUAGACUGCAAAAAGCCUGGAACGAGACGAUGACAAAACACCCGAUGCUACGAACGCGAAUCGUUAAACUCGAUGGUAAAUCCAUCUUACAUCAGGUGGUUCUCAGUCGGACAGUGGACAUUGAGUACUAUGACUCGGAUGAUCCAGAUUAUGUCCCUGGCUUGCCAAUUAAAGUUGCGCCAGGUAAUCCACUCCUGCGAAUUGCUUUAGUACGUAGGUCAUCCGCGCAACAACAUCAUCGGCUUAUUGUCACCUUACAACACUCCUUAUACGACGGAUGGUCUCGAGCUUUAUUCAUGCAAGAGCUCGAGAAAGCGUAUUCCGGUUUCACGCUGCAGCCUUUGCCCGUCUCCUCAUUCAUAGGACAUCUAGACCAGACCAAUGAGGGAGCCAGGCAAUUUUGGACAGCAGAGCUGAGGGAUCUUCGAAGCACAAUCUUCCCUCAAAUCCCCGCAGCCUAUACGCCCCAUCCAAGUGCAACAUUGGUCCAAAAUGUCACUAUCCCGAAAGUCGUAUCCCCCCAGUUCACGCUAUCAACCAAGAUUCGGUGGUCGUGGGCCCAGGCCAUAUCACUUCAGACUAGCAAUCUCGAGGUAGCAAUGGGUCUAGCAACAGCUGGACGAGGCACUCCAGUUGCAGGAAUCGAGAAAAUGGUCGCGCCAACAAUGGCCAUCUUCCCCUAUCGAGUCCAUAUCAAUCCGAAACAGCGAAUUAUCGACGCUCUUCACGACUCUCAACACCAUUACAGUCAGAUCCUGCCCCAUGAGCACUACGGAACGCCAAAUAUUUGUCGCGCCGCGACAGGACCGACCUCUCCGGCGGCUCUCCAAACUCUCUUGAUUGUUCAGCCCCAAGCAGAACAGAGCCCUUCUUCGCUGUAUUUCAAAGAAGAGAUGCUGCCUCAGACGGGCGCCUUCCAUGUGCGUGCGCUGACGUUACACUGCCACCUUCAAGAAACAUUUGUUGAGACUGUUGCCUGUUAUGACGAAGGAGUCAUUUCUGGCAAAGAUAUGCGUUGGGUGCUUUCUAUGUUUGAUUUGAUCUUCCAACAGGUCUGCCUUGAGCCUAGCAUGCUUGUUGAGGAGCUAAAGGUUGUACUGGAUCAGGACUAA